AUGGCAGUCAACACUCCUGCCCGUCGCUCAACGCGGCGCACUCAGAGUGAUCGAAACCAACAGCAUGGAUCGAGUGAAGACCAGCGAAUUCCCCAAGUCUACAGGGAAAUGCUGGCCGAGGCCGAGGCGCGAGAGCCUCAGCUCCACGAUGAUGACCGCACACCAAAGAGACGCAAAAUGGCAGGACGAACUCAGAUGCUCAGCGCUCAAAUAGAACUUCCAAAGGCUCCGCCAUCAGUCGAUAAUGAAGAGACCACCAGCCGACAGGUUCAGACGGUGUAUGACUCGCCCUCGUCCUCGUCCGAAGAGUCGGACAUGGAGUGGGAAGACAUCAGCUUGCAGCCUGCAGUCUCCGAAGCGCUAUCAGAUGACUCGUCGAUCCAAAUCACCUUGGACCGACCACAAGAUCGUGAAAAACGGAAAGGAGCACUUAGACGGCAGCCGAUAACGGCCGCAGAGAAGCGGUUGAGACUUGACAUCCACAAAGUCCAUCUUCUCUGCCUUUUACGCCACGUACAGAUUCGUAAUAGAUGGUGCAAUGAUGAUGAGCUUCAGGGCGCACUCAAGAGAAUGAUAUCGAAGCAGGUCAUAUCUCUGCUGCACCCACCCGAGAGUAAACCAGAGCAUUCCAGGUCUACAACGUUCAUAGACGGUCUGAACCAGCUCAGUGACGCAUUUAGUAAACGAUUCAAAGUAACAAAGCCCGGCCUCAAGCGACCACAUUGGGCUCAGGGCCCGGAUGCUCUAAAGAACAGAGUGGAAACAAUCCUCUCUAAUGCCGAAGUGUUCACGUCGCUCGAAGAUUUCAGGCAACAAGCGAAAACCUUGCAAGGAUCUCGUGAUUUUGGUGCACAAUUGUUCUGUGCUUUGCUACGUUCCGCAGCUGUGGAGGCCCGGCUGGUCUGCUCUCUGCAGCCUCUGCCCUUCUCGGGCGCCACUAAGGAAAUGACCUCGAACGUAUCGACAGGCAAGACAUUUAUCAUGGCAGCAGACAGCUCGGAGAAAUCCUCGGACGAUUCAACACGGGUCAAGUCACGAUCGGGUGUGCAGCGACUCACCCGGCCAGGGUUCAAACCACCACGUCCGUCGACCACUCCCAGAGAAAUUCCAUACUCUCGAAGUCAAGAGUCGUCAUACCCGGUGUUCUGGGUGGAAGCAUUCAACGAGGCAAUCAAUAAAUGGAUCCCUGUCGACCCAUUAGUCACGAGGUCCCUCGCGAAACCGUCCAAAUUCGAGCCUCCUGCCACCGAUCCGAACAAUCUACUAAGCUACGUGGUGGCAUUCGAGGACGAUGCCUCCGCUCGAGAUGUGACCCGCCGUUACAGCAAGGCGUUCAAUGCCAAAACCCGCAAGUUCCGCGUCGAGUCCAUCACCCGCAACGCAGCAUGGUGGGAUCGCGCACUUCGGGUCUACGAGAAACCGUUCCUCGAAGACCGCGACCAGUUAGAAGUCAGUGAGCUCACGGCCAAGACCGCCGCCGAACCCAUGCCUCGCAACAUCCAAGAUUUCAAGGACCACCCCGUCUACGCGCUGGAACGCCACCUACGACGGAGCGAGGUCAUUCAUCCGAAGCGAGUGAUUGGACAGGUCAGCCUCGGCAAACCGGGGUCUAAAACCCAGGUCUUAGAGCCGGUAUACCGCCGGUCGGACGUCCAGACUGUGCGCAGCGCCGAUAAAUGGUACCGGCUGGGCCGAGAUAUCAAAACGGGCGAACAGCCGUUGAAGCGUGUCAAAGCCCGCAAACCUUUGGCUAGCGGACUGCCCGAGGAUGAUGACGAAGAGCGUGAUGCACCACCCCCGGAGACCCCUCUCUACGCGAUCUUUCAGACUCAGGUCUACGUUCCGCCGCCCGUUGUGGACGGACGAGUCCCCAAGAACGUCUACGGGAAUUUGGAUGUCUACGUACCUAGCAUGGUCCCGGCCGGUGGGAUCCAUAUCGGCCACCCGGAUGCGGCGCAUGCGGCUCGACUGCUUGGGGUUGACUUUGCGGCGGCUGUAACCGGCUUCACCUUCCAGGGACGCCACGGGACUGCUGUCUAUACUGGUGUGAUUGUUGCGGAGGAAUAUCGCGAAGCGCUUCAGGAGGUCAUCGAAGGCCUCGAGCAGGAAAGACUGCAUGACGAGCUGGAAACGCGGACCGCAGAGGUGUUGAGAGCGUGGAAGCACCUGCUCUUAAAACUUCGAAUUGCGGAGCGGGUCAAAGGCUAUGCGAUUGAGGGCGAUGAUGUCGACGAGGGUGCGGAUGUUGAACCAAGCGAGGAGGGCGAUGGGCCUGUGGAUGACGACAUGGGAGGAGGCUUCAUUCCUGAAUUGGACGGAGAGACACCGGGAGAUGGUGGGUUCAUACCUGAACCGGACACGGAGACAGCAGAACCGUCGAUGGCAGGGGGCUUUCUACCGGAGUCAGACACGGAGAUAGCAGGACUAUCGAUGGGAGGUGGUGGCUUCAUACCGGAAUCAGACACAGAGACACCAGACGCCUCAAUGGAAGGAGGCGGCUUCCUCCCAGAAUCGCCCUCACAAGGCCCCAUGGACCUGGACGAUGAGCCAUCUACAAGUCGCAAUGCUAGCAUGUCGACUGCGCCUGCAGUGCCCCCACCACAGACCGCGACAUCGGAAUUCGACCCCGCUGCGCCUCGAGACACACCUCCGCAUCCAAGCCCAGCCGGACCACCGCGCUACUCGUUAGUUGUCGUCCCGAAGGCGAAAGAGGAGUCCAUCGAACCCUCACUGUCAGACAACAUCACCAGCGAGGCCUCCACAACCCCGCGCACUGCCCAACUCGAUCGACCCAAUAAUAGCGCACCUUCGCAGGAACCUCUCCCCUCCGCCGCACAGGACACCAGCAAAGCGCUAUCCCCGGCCGAGAAUGCGCCAGCCGACGCUCCUGACCCACUCCUAUACCCCGUACAAUCCCAAGCCUCGGAUCCCUCCUCACGCAGAGACAGUGAGACAUCAUUACUAUCACAGGAUCCGGACGACGAGGAUGCGAUUCCAGAGUGGCUCAUGUCGGAUUAG